GAUGGGUUGCCCGGCGGUCGCCUGGUAACCGGCCGCGGAGGUCCUGGCUGCGCCAGCGCAGGCCGCGGAGGUCUGUGGGCCGGAGCUGACGCUGGGCUCUUUCUGUCUCUUCCGCGAUGGCAGCGGCAGUGGUCACGCCGUCGGGUUUGGAGGAUGGGGUGUCUCGGUCCCGCGGCGAAGGGGCAGGGGAGGCGGUCGUGGAGCGGGGCCCCGGCGCGGCCUACCACAUGUUCGUGGUGAUGGAGGACCUGGUGGAGAAGCUGAAGUUGCUCCGCUAUGAGGAGGAUCUCCUCCGGAAAAACAACCUGAAGCCCCCGUCCAGACACUAUUUUGCACUGCCUACCAAUCCUGGGGAACAGUUCUACAUGUUUUGCACUCUUGCUGCUUGGUUGAUUAAUAAAGCAGGACGCCCCUUUGAGCAACCUCAAGAAUAUGAUGACCCUAAUGCAACAAUCUCUAACAUAUUAUCUGAACUUCGAUCAUUCGGGAGAACUGCAGAUUUUCCUCCUUCAAAAUUAAAAUCAGGUUAUGGAGCGCAUGUAUGCUAUGUUCUUGACUGUUUAGCCGAAGAAGCAUUAAAAUAUAUUGGUUUCACUUGGAAAAGACCAACAUACCCAGUGGAAGAAUUAGAAGAAGAAACUGUUGCAGAAGAUGAUGCAGAAUUAACAUUAAAUAAAGUGGAUGAAGAAUUUGUGGAAGAGGAGACAGACAAUGAAGAAAACUUUAUUGAUCUCAGCGUUUUGAAGGCCCAGACCUAUCGCUUGGAUAUGAACGAGUCUGCCAAACAAGAAGAUAUUUUGGAAUCCACAACAGAUGCUGCGGAAUGGAGUCUAGAAGUGGAACGUGUACUACCACAACUGAAAGUCACGAUCAGGACUGACAAUAAGGAUUGGAGAAUCCAUGUUGACCAAAUGCACCAACACAAAAGUGGAAUUGAAUCUGCUCUAAAGGAGACCAAGGGAUUUUUGGACAAACUUCAUAAUGAAAUUAGCAGGACUCUGGAGAAGAUUGGCAGCCGAGAAAAGUACAUCAACAAUCAGCUUCAGCACUUGAUUCAGGAACAUCGUGCAACUCAAGCCCAGCUGAGUGAGGCAAGGGAGCGUUACCAGCAGGGAAACGGAGGAGUAACUGAAAGGACCAGACUCCUGUCUGAGGUUACAGAAGAGCUAGAAAAGGUAAAACAAGAAAUGGAAGAAAAAGGCAACAGUAUGACUGAUGGUGCUCCUUUGGUGAAGAUUAAACAGAGCUUAACGAAGCUGAAGCAAGAAACUAUUCAGAUGGACAUUAGAAUCGGUGUUGUGGAACACACAUUACUCCAGUCAAAACUGAAGGAGAAGUCCAACAUGACCAGGGACAUGCAUGCCACAAUCAUUCCAGAAUCUGCAAUAGGCUCUUAUUAAAACAUAUCGUUUUGCAUGCUUCUGAUUAGUUGUUUUUUUUAUAUCAAAUCAUAUUUCAUGUUGCAUAGACUUCAAAACACAGUUAUUCCUUUUAAAGCAUGUUGAACGGGUAUUUUUUACAUAUAUACACACAUAUUGUAUGUGUGUAUACAUACAAUGAUGAUUAUGGAUGGUCAAAGCCUUUCAAUUGAAUAUAAUAAAGUAAUGAAAAAUU